AUGUCUUUUGCCAGCGGCGGUGCAUUCUCUUUCGGGUCGAACAACAAUAAUCAGAGCACCGGGUUUGGUGGUUUCGGCAGCAAUACCAACGCAGGCACAGGGUUCGGUACAAACACGAGCACUACUGGCUUUGGUUCCAGCACUGCGACUGCGAAUCCAUUUGGGAGCAGCACAUUCGGAUCUAACACUGGAGGCUUCGGUGGCAAUACAAACACGUCCGGCUCCCUCUUUGGCAACAAGCCUGCCUCAAAUCCCUUCGGCUCGACAACCACGAAUACAGGAGGUGGAAUAUUCGGUAGCUCAAACACCAAUACUGGAUUUGGUUCAGGAGGUGGUUUUGGAAGUACCAACAAUGCUUUCGGUAGCAACACGGGCGGCACAGGGUUCAGCUUUGGCAGCGCAUCAAAGCCGACCUUCGGUUCCAGCAACAACUCAACCCCCUUGUUUGGUCAAGGUGGUGCAGGAACCACAGGCGGGUUUGGAUCUACUACAUCAAGUCCCUUCGGCGCUGCUGGCAGCGGAACGGCUCUAGGCAACCAACCCGUCGCUCCGUCCGAAGGCACAGCUUCAACACCAUAUGCGCCCACACUCGAAAAAGAAGCUGCGGGCUUAUCAAGCAACUACCAGAGUAUCAACUUUAUGCCACCUUACCAAAAAUAUUCGUUUGAAGAAUUGCGUCUAGCAGAUUACAACGCGGGCCGAAGAUAUGGGAACACCACCGGCCAGGCUGGUGGAUUCGGUUCGAACACUUUUGGAGGCUUUGGAUCAAGCAACACUGGCUUUGGCAGUAACACCAGCUCCACCCCUAACCCAUUCGGAUCUACGGCCGCGUCGUCGUCGGGCUUCGGCGCCAACACUGCCACAUCCGGUUUUGGUGGUGGUGGCCUAUUCGGAAAUAAGCCCGCUGGGGGAGGGUUGUUUGGCACGCAGUCCACUGCUGCUCCUUCGACUGGUCUAUUUGGAACCUCUAACACCGCGACAAAUGCAUUUGGCAGUGGAACCACGGGCUUUGGCUCGGGCGGCGGUCUCUUCGGUCAAAACCAAAACCAGAGUAAGCCCAGUUUGUUCGGUAACCCAUCCAGCACCACGUCAUCGUUCUCGUUCGGCAACACCAAUACUGCCAACACGAACACAGGUACUGGCUUGUUUGGCAACAACACCAAUACUUCGAACACAAGUGCAUUCGGUGGCAAUCAGCAACAAUCUAGCGGAUUGUUCGGGAACAACACCAAUCAGCAGCAGAAGCCUUCGCUUUUUGGGAAUACCAGCUUUGCGGCAUCAGCAAAUCAGAAUCAACAAUCAGGUGGCUUGUUUGGCAAUACCAACAACACACCCACCAGCGGCGGCCUUUUCGGCAACACCACCAACACCAAUACCAGUACCAGUGGUGGAUUGUUCGGUACCAAUAACAGCACCUCAGGUACUUCCCUCUUCGGAAACAAUGCCGGCAACCAGCAGAAGCCUGGGGGUAUUUUUGGCGGAAGCACAUUUGGAAACACUAACACCAACACCGGCGGAGGCCUUUUUGGGAAUACCAACAACCAACAGCAGUCAGGAGGCCUGUUCGGAAACACGAGUACAAAUACAGGUUCAGGGUUUUCGUUCGGAAAUACUGCCAGCAAACCUGCAGCAGGUUCCCUCUUCAACACCACCAACAACCAGCAGGGAGGCUUCGGUGGCUCAACCAGCGGCUUUGGAAGCAUAUUCGGCACUUCACAGAACAACCCACAGAACCAGCAGCAACCUGACUUCAAGGUCUCGUCCCUGAACGAUCCGAAUCCUUAUGGUCAGACCUCUAUCUGGACCGGACUCCCAGUGCCAACACCGGACAAUUCGAAGCCACUUUUCACUCCAUUGUCCGCCACCCAGAAACUGAAGGAAAGCCAAUCAAAGCCACCACCGAGCCUCAGACUCAACCAGUCUCGUUACAUGACGCCACCCCGACGUUCUGGUUUUGGAUUCUCUUAUUCGACUUAUGGCACACCUAAUAGUGCAGCCAGCACACCUGGUGGGAGUGGUUUGAGCAGCAGCAUGUACGGCAGUCGGAGUUUCAAUGGCGGCAGCUUCGGUCGCUCGUUUGGUAAGAGUGCAUCUGCCAGCAAUUUGAGGUCCCAGUUUACAGUAGAUGGCGAGGGCGUGCUUAGCCCCAAUGCAUUCGCUUCCACCAAUACCAGAUGGUCAAGUGGCAAUAUGCGCCGACUGACCAUUGAUCGAAGCAUCAGAAACGAUCUUUUCAGCCGACCUUCCCUCCCCGCAUUCCCGACAAACACUCUUGAUCGGUCAGUCAAUGGGAACAACGAGGUUUCCGUUGUCGCAAAUGGCGAAUCGUUAUCAGCCAGCGAACCGACGAACAAGUUGAAGAAGCGUGUGAGUUUUGACAAGGAUACCGCUGGCGGAUCGAACGGGGUCUUGAAUGGUGAAUCCGGAGCUUUGGUGAGGACCGAGAAUGACCGAGAUGAGGUUGAUGGGAUUCCUGCUGGCUCUGCUGUGAAUGAUACACCUACAUCUGAGGUCGAACCAGUUCGCGGUAAUGAACUAGCUGUUGUUCCAGAAGAUCGCGAGUCCGACGACGUUAUCUCCAGGAAGACGACUGUCCAAGCCAAGCCAGAUCCUCAGCCCGGGGACUACUGGAUGAAACCCACUCGUGCCGAACUAAGCAAGAUGCCUCGUGAGAAGCUGUCGCGAUUUGUUGGUUUUGAGGUUGGUCGAAAGGGAUGUGGUAAGGUUGUGUUCAACGGUCCAGUGGAUCUUACGAGUCUUCCCUUAGACGAUCUUUACGAGAAGAUUGUGGAAAUCCGUCUGCGGUCAGUCACCGUCUAUCCUGAUGCCAGUUCUAAGCCACCAGUCGGCAAGGGUUUGAACGUACCGUCGACGAUUUCGAUCGAGAACUCCUGGCCGAGAUCCCGUGGUCAGCCCUCUUCCGCCACAAGUGGACCGAUCUUCGACAAGCAUGUCAAUCGCCUCAAGAAGAUGCAUGGCACUGAAUUUGUGAAUUACGAAGUGACCACAGGUGUAUGGACGUUCCGAGUACCUCACUACACCCGCUACGGAUUGGACUAUGAUGACGAUGAAAUGGGCCAGAGUCUGCUGUCAGCCCCACCGGACUCACUGAACAGCUCCCUAUCUACAGAGAACUCGGGAAUGGAUGUUGACAGUGAAGCACAUGAUGAUUACGACGUUGACGGCGACGAUGAUACGUUUGCCUUCAAACAAAAGACCCUGCCCGGUGGCUACGGUCGACAAUCCAUCGUCGAUUACCACAAUGAUGUUCCCGCGGCUCAGGCUACUGAAGAAAGUGCAAUGGGUUCUGAGAUGGAAGAAGACUACUCCGACGAUGAAAAUGAUAAUGAAGUGAGCAUGGUGGGCUCAUAUCCUCCACCCACUGCUAGCCCUAAUAAACCAAUCCUCAAGCACAGCACUAUGGGCACGCCCGGAAAAGCCCUCAUCAACAUUGACGGCGACUGGGCGGAACAGCUCCAACGCACUAUCAGCCCACGCAAACAGAACCGCGAUGCACUCCGACAAGUACAGAGCAAAAUCCUUCUCGACCGCACAUACGAACCUAUGAGGCCUAGUCUUGACUUCAAGCCCGUCAACAAGACUGAAUUUCGCACGAGCAUCGACAUAAUGAAUUCGCUUUUCAGCAGACACGAGGAAAGAAUGGCACAAUUGAAAGGAAAGAAGGGGAAGUCGGAGGCUGGACCAGAUUUUGAGUUCCCAUAUGCAAAGCGCGCGAAGACGUUCGAAGAUCAAAUACGAGAUGAAUCCACCCAAAUGGGUGAAAACGAUAAGCUCUGGCGUGCAAGUUUCAAGCCUCAUUUUACGUCGAUAAAUCAGCUUGUCUACAAGUCGGUUGACGCACCUAAUGAGAGUGAUUGGACAACGGAGGUGCUGGCACAUAGCGGAACUACGGGCAGGAAUGUUGUUAUAUCUUCGCUCCGGACAGUCACCAUUGAAAACUCUAUGUUGACGGACGCUCAGGUGCUGCUCGCCGAGAAUGUUCCCUGGAUCAAACACGAAGCCGUCGCCUUUUCUCAAAUUAGAGAUCACCUCGUGCAGCAUCGUAUUGCUGCCGGGGAACUCGACAUCUACGAACUACUUCAUGUCCUUUUCGAUGACUACGAGGACGAGUUCACCCUAGGUCUAAACCGCCAACAACAACAGGAAUUCCAGUCGCGAAUUCGAAGAGACCGCCUCUCAAAGUACCUCUCGGAGCUUGUGUGGCGUCGGUACGGUGACCGCAUUAAGGACUCAUCAAAACUUAACGGCGCCACCGCAGCCAUCAUGCAACUCACGGCGAACAGCAUCCAUGCUGCAUGCGACUCACUAAUGCAAGAGAAGGAUUUUAACCUGGCCUUGCUGGUCGCGCAAAUUGGGCAGGCGGAUUCAGCUUUUCAGGAGGACAUCGCGGAUCAGAUCUCCGCAUGGCGCGGUCAGAGGGUCAUUUCCGAAAUGAGCGAGGAGAUUCGUGCAUUGUAUGAGAUACUCUCGGGAAACACGAAUAUCGUACAGGGAUGGCAGAAUGUGCCUGUUGAAGAUCGCGCGUCGACGUUCGCCAUCUCGGAAAAAUUCGGACUGGAUUGGAUCCAGGCUUUUGCGUUGUGCUUCUGGUAUGGGAAGCACAAGAACGGCGAGAUUCAUGAAGUGGUCGCGGAUUUCCAGGAGAAGUUGAACUCUAAGCUCGAAUCGGCUACUCCUUUCUGCGGGGAGAACGAAUAUGAAGAUCCGCUAUGGGUGGUAUUGAAGAUCUUUGCGGGCAACAGUGGAACCAACAAGGGAAAGGCAGGUAGCAGGGCCGCUGCUUCUGUUGCCAGCCAGAUUGAAAAACCUGUGCUACCCCAAGCUCUCUCGGCGCUGUCUCAACCUUGGAACUCCGAGACGACGUUUCGUCUCCACCACGCCAUUGUCGCCACAAUACCAGGAAUCUCAAUCGAUCAGAACCGAUCCGACGACCUAGCGCUGUCUCUUGCAUUCGAGUACUCCGCACGUAGAGACACUGUGGGCGCGGUCUAUGCACUCCUCCACCUCUCCGAUCCCGCACAGCGGGUAGAUCAGAUUCGCCAUCUCCUCGAUCGGCAUGGCGCCACAUUGCCGUCUCCGCCACGUCCCGACGGCGCCGCCGCCACCCAAGGCUCUUCACUCUGGGCAGCUUUCACAACCUCUCUCUGUAUUCCUGCACCAUGGAUCCACCAGUCCAAAGCUCUCCACGCGCGCUCAUGUAAUAACCAUCUCGCGGAGCUGAACUAUCUCCUCGCUGCAUCAGACUUCCGCAGCGCUCACGACUGCUUCCUCCGACGUGUGGCCCCGCGAUUGGUUAUCGACGAAGACUGGGAAACUCUGAGAGAAGUAUUGGGAUGGUUUGGGGAUGAGGCAGAGCAGACAGUUGACACGGCAAUGGCAAGUGGUGGAGACGAAAACUUAGGGACCCAGUGGAGGACCGGUGGACAAGUGUAUGCCGAUUUUGUGGAGUUGAUGAUGGAUCUAUCUACACCAACACGACGUGGGUCGGCCGACGGCAGCGCGGAGACAAAGCGCAGAGCGAAGAAGGGGCUGCUUUUGCGACUUCAAGGUUCGCUGACGGAGUUAAACGCACAAUCGCAAGUUAUGUCGUCUGCUACGGGAUCGGGCUUCUCGGAUCUGAACAAGGAUCGCGAGAAGCUUGAAGAAAGAGUAGCUUUGUGCGAGAUGGGGAGAAUGGUUGCGAGGGGUUUGGAAUUGGAGAGUGAAGGUGUCAGUGAAAAGAAACAUAUCCUCGACCUCCCUCUUAACGCAGACGCGAGGCUCAUUCAUGCUCGAACUUUGGGAGUGGAAUAUUAUCGCGGUGUGAUGGCUAUGGCACGUUGA